AUGUUCUCUCGAUCCUUGCGUGCAGAAACACGCAGUCGAGCAAAAGAGGAUCUUAGGCGUGUAAAUAAAUCCAGCGAAAGAGUCAGAAGAUGGGAAAAAAAAUGGAUUGCUCUUAAAGAUAGUUCUAUGUUGGUAUUUAAAUGGGUGCCGUGCACUAUUCAAGACCAUCCAAAGAAGACAAACUUCUCCACUUCAGUCCCUGUAGCUCCAUCACCCGGGGCUGUAUCUCGCCCUUUCAAUGGGACUACUUUACCGACUGAAUCAGAUACAAAGUCAGAUAAUGAAGUUAUUCCCAUUCAAAAUGGUAUAGCUCCGACCCAAAGCCCAUCUGAUGCUGUUUCAGAAAGCAAAAUAAUUGAUAUUCCAGAGGUACCAGUACCGCAAAAUAAUAAGCCAAUACUCAAUUCUAGUCCUAAUGAAGAUAGUUCAUUAAGUAAACUAGAAGAAAAAACUUUCGAUGAGGCAUCCAGUGACAAAGAGGCACUCCGACCAAACAAAGGUAUGCUUUAA